CUCCCUCAUUCACCAGUGAUUUUACCAACUGAGUAACAGAGAUUAUUGUGUCAUAGGCUGUUGGAUUGCUUUUUUUUUUUUUUACAUCUCUCAGUGAUAUUUUAACCAUGAAGUUUACAGACAGAAAUGUGAUUCGGUUUCACCUUCAAGUUCUUUAUGGGAUAACUGUGAAGUGCUUUGACAAGAAGAAGGAGAGACUGUUCAUCGGCGGUGCAAAGAUCUUUGGUGUUCCUCUGGAGAAUUUACCCAGGAGAUACAUUCCUGAGUUUGGACUGGUGCCCUGCUUUUUGGUAGAUGCUUGUUCAUUUCUUCUGGAGCGGGCUGCGACUGUAGGCCUGUUCAGAAAACCAGGCUCUCUUCCUCGCAUUAAGACCCUCAGGGCCAAACUCAAUAGUGGAGAGGGGUGUCUGUCCUCAGCCCUCCCCUAUGAUGUGGCAACUCUGAUCAAACAGUUCUGCAGGGAGCUGCCAGAGCCUUUGUUUCCCACUGAGCUCCAUGCAGCUCUGCUCAAAGCCCAGGCGCUGCCCACCCUGCAGGACAAGACUUCAGCCCUUCAGCUGCUGUCCUGUUUGCUACCUGCCAGAAACUCCUCCUGUCUGCAUUAUCUGUUUGACUUCCUCUCCAAAGUCUCCCAAAGAUGCACUGAAAACUUGAUGACCAGCUCCAACAUUGCUACAGUCUUUGCUCCGUGUCUUUUACCACCUCCCAACAAGGCAGAGAUGUCUGAAGGGCGACUUGAACUCAGAUUUCUUGUCCUACGCACCUUCAUUGAAAAUCCUCACUUAUUCGGAGUGAUUCCUAAAGGUUUCAUGGACAGUAUGGAGUAUCUGAUGAAUUUCCAUCUUCUAAAAGACACAAAGAGAGGACAUAAAAAAAGACACAGUUUCAAAGUUAUGCCGUCUGUGAAGACGGUGCCUUGGAUUCAAGGGAAGUCAAAGGUCAGAGCUACAGUCCCUGAGCAGGAGCAAGGGUCCGCUUCUGGAGACAGAAAAACCCUCAGGAGAAGCUUCGGCCUGGAGACUUUCCCCAGUGUGAUGCUGUUUAGGACCUGCAUGCAAUCAGAAGACGAGGGUUUCAGUCCUGAAAUGGCUUUGUUGGACAGUCCCUCCAAAGAGGCGUGUAAGACCCCGCAAGAGAAACUAAAAAGAGAUCUGCAUUUGGUUAAUUUCUCGAGGUUCACCAGAGGACCAGAUACAGGCAGCUCUCCUGUGCUCACCAGUGUCGGGAAACUGCAGCUCACUCCUUGGAGAAGACGCACUUCAGUAUGCAGCGCUGUUGUGGACCAGGCACAAAUAAUUGGCACAAUAAUGAAUUUCGGCGAAAUCUGGCAAGAAAAUGAUUCUAAAACACUUUUUUUUUCGUCGUGUUUGAGAGGCAAGCUUUUAUUUUGGAAACCGGAAAUACACGUUUUUAUUCUGGCCAGUUUGAGGUCUCGCGCAGUAGGCAGGUCCCACCAUCAGUGCGCGGACACGAUGACAGAAAUGAGCUCGGCGGUGCGGUUACUGUUGCUCGGCCUUCUCCUGUGCCUGCAGCUCGGCAGGGCUCCAGCCCGCAGCCCCCGCACGGCGGACCAGGUAUCUGAGGCCGACAUCCAGCGGCUCCUGCACGGCGUCAUGGAGCAGCUGGGCAUCGCUCGGCCCAGGGUGGAGUACCCCGCACAUCAGGCCACCAACAUCGUCGGGCCUCAGAGCAUACAGGGUGGUGCUCACGAGGGGCUGCAGCACCUCGGCCCCUUUGGGAACAUCCCCAACAUUGUGGCCGAGCUGACAGGAGACAACGUUCCCAAAGACUUCAGUGAAGAUCACGGAUACCCAGACCCUCCAAACCCCUGUCCCCUGGGAAAGACCGCAGCAGAUGGGUGUUUGGAAAACGCUCCGGACACAGCCGAGUUCAGCAGAGAGUUUCAAAAACACCAGCACCUAUUUGACCCAGAGCACGAUUACCCAGCUCUGGCGAAGUGGAACAAGGAGCUUUUGUACCAGAAACUGAAGGGAGGACCAAAAAGAAGAAAAAGGAGUGUCAACCCGUAUUUGAUGGGCCAGAGGUUGGACAACGUGGUCGCCAAGAAAUCUGUUCCUCACUUCUCCGAGGAAGAGGAGGAAGAGGCACCGACUGUCUCUGCUGCCAGCAAAUCCACGACCUAAACUCCAGCACCUGCAACACUCCCUGUAAUAUUGAAGUACACUCUCAGAUAAAAGCUUUUAACACUACAUAUUUAAGCAUUUUGGUUAACAAACAAUGGAACACAGUGGAAGUACGGUAAAAUAAGAAAUAGUAAGAACAACAUAUCUUACAUCUUGUGCUCUUAUUUCUAACUUAUGGGACUUUUACAGUGCAACUGCCUUUAAUAAAGCAUCACAAUCCGAGAGGUCCAUGGAGACAAUAUUAGGGCUUUGUUGAAACACAGACACUCGUCUUUUACCUUUAAAUACAUUUUUGAAGUCAAAGCUUAAUAAACAGCAAGCAGCUUGGAAUUUAUGUUGAUUUCAGAAAUGAAUAAUAAAGCUAGCUCAUAGAGGGAAAACAUACCCCCCAAAAACACUGCAAAUUAUCUUCGACCACUAAUGCUUACACCUUUUAAGUAAAAGCGUUAGAUAUGCAGAAAUUGGAAAGAUCAAAAAAGUUCCGGCAGACCUACUGUGCAGUACAGUGCUAACUUCAAAAGUGAGCCAGAUAUCUGAUAAAGUGGUAUCUGAUAUAUGAAUAUUCAAGAUCAAAGCCAAGUUAGUCUUGUACACAGUACAACAACAGAGUUCACAUACACAGACUAGUUUUGAGGCAUGUAGAACAGUCACAUUAACUGAGUUUCAACCAUUUAACCCAAAAUGCUGAAAUACAAUGUGUUAAAAUCUUGACUGGCAGUGAGCAGUUUAUCUACAACUGUAUUAUAAUAAGAGGUUGUACAAAGAUAUAUUGAUUUGGAGAAUCAUAAAGUUAUUAUUACUCCUGACUGUACAGAGAUCAGUUUACUCUGAAGUUUCUGAAGUUUAAUUUUUGUAUGUCUUGAUAUAACCAGUUAAUCACCUUUGUGUCAUUAAGAUUCAAUAUAGAUCAUAUUCUUAGAAGUUAAUUACAAAUUGUUGUAGCUUUGCUUUGUCAUGUGGGAUGGCUGUCACUGUAGCAUGAUUAAUAUCUAUUCACGUCACCAUACUGCAGUUAUGAGUCUUUAUGGGCAGCGCUGAAUCCGUCCCGAGUCGCUUCAUCUUGACAAAAAUCAUUGUGUUAUAUAUUUUUUUGUCUGUAAAGUUAAAUAAACGA